ACUGUACAACUGCUGACGCUAACAUAACAGCACCAAUUAUUUUGGCUCAUCUUCUUCAUAGAAAGAAUCACAGAGACACAGAUUAAAAAAAAUGGACAAUCUUAUAUGGCGAAUUUUACCUCUGCUAGCUCUUACCGCUUCAUUUCUCUACUUUUUUUACUUCUCAAACAAUCCUAAGUUGGUUUACAGUGACUGUAGCCUUAUUCCGUACAACCAUUACUGGAUUACCAGCAAGAUUAUUGUGACACCGCAUGGAAUCAUUGCUGGUGCAGUUGAAGUAGAUGGAGGGAGAAUUGUAUCUGUGGUUAAGGAAAAGGAUUGGCGGCGAGGUUCGGAGAGAGGAGAUGUAUUUGAUUAUGGAGAAGCUGUUGUUAUGCCUGGCUUGAUUGAUGUGCAUGCGCAUCUUGAUGAUCCUGGAAGAAGUGAAUGGGAAGGGUUUCCUUCAGGAACUAAAGCGGCUGCUGCUGGAGGCAUUACAGCAUUAAUUGAUAUGCCUCUAAAUAGUGACCCCUCAACAGUUUCAGUGGAGACUUUGAGGCUCAAGCUUGAGGCUGCAGAAAAAAAUAUAUAUGUUGAUGUUGGUUUCUGGGGAGGCCUAGUUCCUGAAAACGCUUUCAAUGCAAGUUGUCUGGAAGCUCUCCUAAGUGCCGGUGUUCUUGGUCUAAAGUCUUUUAUGUGUCCUUCCGGGAUUAAUGACUUCCCAAUGACCAAUGCCAGUCAUAUCAAGGAAGGACUAUAUGUGCUGGCAAAAUACAGAAGGCCUUUACUCGUGCAUGCAGAGAUUGAAGAAGAGUCUGAAGGCCUCAUAGAUGAUGACGUAAAUGACCCUCGACAUUACUCGACAUAUCUUAAGACCAGGCCACCAUCAUGGGAGGAAGCAGCUAUUAGAGAACUUUUGACGGUGUCAAAAGAGACAAGGAUUGGUGGUCCUGCAGAAGGAGCUCAUCUUCAUAUUGUUCAUCUGUCUGAUUCAGGUUCUUCCCUACAACUUUUAAAGCAAGCAAAAAACGACGGUGACAGUGUGAGUGUUGAGACAUGCCCCCAUUAUCUAGCCUUUUCUGCAGAAGAGAUUCAGGACGGAGAUACUCGUUUUAAAUGUGCUCCACCUAUUCGAGAUGCAGCCAAUAGAGAAGCACUAUGGAAGGCUCUGCUGGAAGGAGAUCUCGACAUGUUAAGUUCUGAUCAUUCACCAACUAUGCCAGAACUUAAACUCCUUAAUGAAGGCAACUUCUUGAGGGCUUGGGGUGGCAUAUCAUCUUUGCAGUUUUUAUUGCCUGUGACAUGGACAUACGGGCAAAAAUAUGGAGUAACUUUAGAGCAGUUAGCAUUGUGGUGGAGUGAGAGGCCUGCUAAGCUUGCUGGACAAGAAUCAAAGGGCGGCAUUGUAGCUGGAAAGCAUGCAGAUAUCGUCAUAUGGGACCCAAAUUUUGAGUUCAAUCUCAAUGAUGAUCUUUCUAUAUACACAAAACAUCCUAGUAUCUCAGCCUACAUGGGAACCAAACUUUAUGGAAAAGUUUUGGCAACUUUUGUUAGAGGAAACCUUGUUUACAAAGAGGGAAGACAUGCUCCUGCUGCUUGUGGUUCUCCUAUAUUAGCCAAGUAAAUGGACGAGCUGGAAAUGUAAGCGUUAAGGUUUAAAUCAAACUCUUUCGACUCUCGGUUCAAUCAAACCAGCUAUGUUCUUCUCAUAAGCAAUCUCUAGCACCCCAUGUCUUGUCUUGGAUGUAUAUAGUUCAUUAAUGUAUCACUUAUCACAAUCAUUCUAAUGUAAUUUUCAAAAGAUAAGUGCUAAGUUGUUAGUUCAGAUCA